CUGGAAAACCUGCCGCCAAUCCAAACGGUAAGCGAUGGCUGUCACAUACUACUGCAGUACACGCAACACAAUUAGUCUACAAAAGACGCAACGAUGAAUAACCAAGACAAUACUAAUAAUAAUCGAGACCAGCAAUAACACUUCCAUUCAUUGGCAACGGCUAUAAUAGACUCAAGAGUUAAAUUGAGCGGCAAAAAGACGGGCUUUGGCUGUUGGGUAGCAAGAGUUGUCUUGUCUUGUCAACCGAGGACAUCGACUCUAUAGAUCGAGGUACUAGCUAUAGUAGUCCCACAAUUUGAUCUUUCUGCCAUCAACCACACAUAUCUAUUGGCUUUUGGAGUUGGUUAUCUUCUUGUUAUCUUUGGUUAUCUUUGAUUAUCUUCUUGUUAUCUUGGUUGGCAAGCUUUUUAUACCCAUCCAUCCAAGUCCAUCCAUCCAUUAAGCUGUUAAGCUUGGGUAUAUACCCAUCCAACAAGCUAUAUACCCAUCCAACAAUGUGGAAGAUCCAAAAGCUAUUGGCGCAACAUGCGGGUCCUCGUGAGCGUCCACGAGAGAGUCUGCCCAAGCCUCCACCUGGAAUGGCUUGGCUACAGAAUCAGUCUACCAAGGAGUGGAAGUUGGUGCCAGCAGACAAGCAUCAUCCUGCUGACACUACUGCUACAGGCACUACUACUACCAAUAAUGGUAACAAGGAAGAAAUGCUGGACUUUUCAGGCCACCAGCAAGCCUUUGACAAUCCCUUUGAACAAGCCAUUGGUCAUGGUCAUGAGACAUCUUCUGUUAUUGUCAAGCAGCACCACCACCACCUACAACAACUCCAACUCCAACAACAACCAGCAGCAGCAGCAGCAGCAGUACUAGACUUUGGGGAAGAAGAAGAAGAAGAAUCCAAAUCCAAUCAGCACGAAGAAACCGAUUGGGAAUUGCUCAGUGACCGUCAUUCUUCUUCCACUCAUCAUACGAAUAGCAGCAGCAGCAAUAGUGGCAUUGCCUUUGUCACACGCAACGGAUCCAUUGCCAGUGGCUGCUCGUCGUCGUCAUUGUCACUCCACAAGAAGACACUCUCCAGUUCCACUUUGGAUUCCCACGAUUUGGGUCCGUCCGGAAAGGGUGUCUUGGGCGUGGAUUAUGUCGAGCAUGUCAUUUUACCCACCGAUACCAUGCAGGGCAUUUGUUUGGCCUACAAAAUCAGUGCGUCGCGGCUCAAACGCGCCAAUCACUUUUCGGGUGAAACCUUGGCAGUAGCACCCAAAAAGUUGGUCAUUCCCAUUUCCAAACAAGCCAUGCGACAGGGAUAUUUGCGAGUGCAAGAUACCGAUUCCAAGGAAUACAAACUCCAUGCGCUCCAAGCCGAAUUCCCACAGCAGUGUUUGGGCGUCACUGAAGCCAAGGCCUACUUGGAACUGGCCGACUGGGCACUCCCCGCCGCCAUGCAAUCGGCACGAGAAGACUUUGGAUGGGAAAAGACGACAACAUCGCAGCAGUUGCGAGCUGGAGAAAUCCGAGUCAUGAUGGAUGUCACGCACAACACACGCGAUGGGGAUGUCACGCCCACACUCAACUUUAGUGCCCAAGGAGCUGGAUUUUCUACCUGCAAAGAAGAAGAAGAAGAAGAAGAAAAGGAACAAGAACAGCAACAGCAACAACAACCCAUGGAUCCUAGAUUGGUCGAUCCCAAACGUCCCCUGGUAGAACAGGCCGCAUCCCAUCACAACUCGUUUGGACUCGAAAUGAAAUCCUUGUCGUCGUCGCAAGAGACGUCCUCCUCCUAAAUGGUAAAUGGACCAUACCGUACUGUACUGUACUAGCUAGCUGCAAGUACGGUAGAGAGAGAAGGAGUGUGCGUUUUUGACUUUGGAGGAUCCUAUAUUAUUAUCUGUGUAACUUGACUUGACUUGACUUGACUACUUGAUUGACUUGACUUGAUUGUAUCCAAAAUUGACUAUAUAAAGAACUACGUGCUCAUACCCCUAGCUAGCUAGCUACGUAUACCAUAGCCUUGUGCCUUGUAUCUGUAGUAGCGGCAUCGAAGCCAAGUCAUCUCGUUGCCUUUUGCACUCGUUGCUAUGCACAGAAAUCCAUAUCCUUUUGCCGUACGGUAGGUUCAAGUUUGUGUCUUGCCGUUCCAAGUCAAGAACGACGGCACAGAGCGGAGGGCGGGCAUACCGUACCGUAGCAGCGACUCCCGCGCCGGUUCCAACAGCACGGCACAAAAGACUUUGUCACAGACGUCCCGCCCUCUGGAUCCCCUGCUCGCUGAUCUACGGGUUUCCCUUACCCAUCCGGAACCGCUACAUGUAGUAGCUAUGGUAGCUAGUAGCUAAUGCAGCGGCAAACCGGUACUCCAGUAGAAGCUAUAGCUAUAGGAGCCUGAUGAAACACGUAACUGGCAGUUGAGAGAAGGAUUGACGUCGAACUAACAAAUUGUGACCGGAGAUGAA